CUGGGCAACGGCCUCAUCAGCACAGCCGUAGCCUGCGACCACCGCCUGCACACCCCCAUGUACUUCUUCCUCCUCAACCUCGCCCUCCUCGACCUGGGCUGCAUCUCCACCACUCUCCCCAAAGCCAUGGCCAAUGCCCUCUGGCACACCAGGGACAUCUCCUACACAGGAUGUGCUGCACAGGUCUUUUUCUUUCUCUUCUUCAUCUCUGCAGAAUUUUAUCUUCUCACUGUGAUGUCCUAUGACCGCUACGUUGCCAUCUGCAAGCCCCUGCACUAUGGGACCCUGCUGGGCAGCAGAGCUUGUGCCACCAUGGCAGCAGCUGCCUGGGGCACUGGGCUUCUCUGUGCUCUAUUGAACACUGCCAAUACAUUUUCCCUGCCCCUGUGCCAAGGCAAUGCUGUGGAUCAGUUCUUCUGUGAAAUCCCCCACAUCCUCAAGCUCUCCUGCUCACACUCCUACUUCACUGAAAUUUGGCUUCUUGUGGGUAGUGCCUGGUUUUCCUUUGGGUGUUUUGUCCUCACUGUUGUGUCCUAUGUGCAGAUCUUCAGGGCCGUGCUGAGGAUACCCUCUGAGCAGGGACGGAACAAAGCCUUCUCCAUGUGCCUCCCUCACCUGGCCGUGCUCUCCCUGUUUCUCAGCACUGCUAUGUUUGCCUACCUGAAGCCGUCCUCCAUCUCCUCCCAAUCCCUGGACCUGAUUGUGUCAUUUCUAUACUCGGUAGUACCUCCAGCACUGAACCCCCUCAUCUACAGCCUGAGAAACCAGGAGAUCCGUGGUGCCCUCAGAAAAAUACUUCAAUAUACACUGUUUCUUCAUCAUAAAGAUAUUCAUCAUACUCUGAAGACUCCAAAAAGUUUAAGAAAAGCUUGA